AUGAGCGCCGCGACGUCCGGUAAAGAACCUGGUCUGCCGGCUGCUCAGGAAACAUCUGCCACUACCUCUUCUACCCCUGUCUUACCUGGUACGUAUUUCCGUCGGCCAUUAGACGUCGCUGUCCUUGCUGCAGACGGAUCUGGGCUUCUGGCUUUGUUGCUGAUAUAUGACGUUUACCCAGAUAAUGUACAGUCCGCGAUAACUACCUCCGAUCCCGCUCAACAAGUAUCAUCUAAUGAGGGACCGUCAGCUUCAUUUACUAAGGAGAACAUCGCGCAGCCAGGGGCCCAGGUGUCCGAGAAGGCCCAGAAGAAAAACUCUCUUCUGAAUGUUCCAUCGAGGACAACCUCUCAGACAAAGCAGGAGCCUUCAUCUACCUCUCCUCCAUUAACCGGUGCGACUGUCACAGAUGACUCCACAAGCGUUGGACGUAAUUCAAAAAGGAGCAUAUUGGGCAAGAAAAGGGAUGUGAGCAAGUCCAGCAGCCGGCGGGCAUCAAAGGAGCAGAGGAGUCUCGAUGCUGGCAGGGGAGCUCCGCCAGCGCCAGCCGUUGCACAGUCAGAUGGGGCUACGGGCGUAGAAAAGAAGGGCACCUUUGGUUUCUUAUCAUUCCUCAAUUGCUGCAGCGGCCAUCAUAACACAAAUACCAUGGAUAUCGAUGAUCAAGCAUUACCGGCCAAGAAAGAAUUCAGGGAAAAUGUGGCCAAAGACACUUCUGAGGAGAAGCAAAGCAGCAGAGAAGAAACUGAGAAGCAGGAAAUCCCGGUCGCAGAGGAGAAGAAGCAAUGUGAUGGCAACCCGCCACGGAUAAGUCCGAGCGAGAGCUCUCGAGAGAAACCGAUCGUUCCGUCCGGACCAGUCGUCGCGACCGAAACUGUGGACACUUCUGGCAACUUACGAGAUCAACCAUUAUCAGCCCCUGUUCCUGAUGCCCAGCCUUCUCCGGUCCCUCUCAUCUCGACCCAGGAGGAAGUAAGUCCGACUCCGGACUGGACACCGGACCAGAGUAAAAGAAAUAGUGACGUUGAUAUGCCGGACGCGCCAUCACAAGAGAAAGAGGUAGCUGAGCAUGAAACCACAACAUCUCCAGCUCUGCCAAAGGUCGAAGCACAGAAAACCGAGCUACCCCCACCUCCUCCUUUGGAACAGCGACAAUCCCAGGUGAUCAAUAGAGAAGCGCCAGCAGUGCCCAGCUCGUCACAGGAGAAGGAAAUCUGGCUUCUCCCACCAAUACAGCCACAUCUACAGGGACGCAAAUGUCUAGUCCUUGAUCUGGAUGAAACACUAGUACACAGCAGCUUCAAAAUCCUAAAUCAGGCCGACUUUACCAUUCCCGUUGAGAUUGAAGGGCAAUACCAUAAUGUGUACGUCAUAAAGAGACCAGGUGUGGAUGCUUUCAUGAAGAGAGUUGGAGAACUCUACGAAGUGGUCGUGUUCACUGCGUCCGUCUCCAAAUACGGCGAUCCCUUACUAGAUCAACUCGAUAUCCAUCAUGUUGUGCAUCACCGACUCUUUCGGGAGAGCUGCUACAAUCAUCAAGGCAAUUAUGUCAAGGACCUCUCUCAAGUCGGGCGCGACCUUCGCGAAACAAUCAUUAUUGACAACUCACCAACAUCAUAUAUCUUCCAUCCUCAACAUGCUGUUCCUAUCAGCAGCUGGUUCUCCGAUGCGCACGACAACGAGCUGUUGGACUUAAUACCUGUCCUCGAAGAUCUUGCUGGAGCUCAAGUCCGCGACGUGAGCCUGGUGCUGGAUGUUGCAUUAUAG